CGCUCCGGCGCGCGGGGCAGAGACGGGCGGCCGGGCUGGGACUGCCCGGCGGGGGUCAGCUCCGCCGACCUGGGACGGGUCGCCCGCGGCCCGGCUGAGCCUCCCGGGGCGCUGCGAGGAGGCCGGGGACGGUCCGGGCGCGGGUCCUUCCGGAGGGUCUGGACCGGCCGGCACCUGGCGCAGCGCCCACCGUGUCCGGGCGCCGGGCAGGGAGCGGGGCCGGGGCCUGCCGCCCGGCGGUCGCUGAAAAACAGGGUGGUCUGAAGCCGGGUUCGGUUCUGUAUUCGCUGUGUGACCUUGGGCCAGAACGGACUUGAAAUGCCGUUUUGUUCUGCGUAAUGGAACUAGUAAUAGGACUUGCUUCCUGCGGUUAUGGGGAACGAACAGGAGUUAAUGCAUUUGUAGGGCUUAGCACAGUGCCUGACCCACGGCAAGAGCUAAGUUACGUUUCUUACUGUUCUCGUGAUGACCAAGCCAUCCUCCUGCUUCUAGUGGGCUGUAGCCGUGCAGUCCCUGAACUUUGAUUCUAGUCCCCCAUUUCAGGUCCCUGCAUCUCAGCCCAGUUCAUUUCUUACUUUUUCUAAUGUCGCAUGCAAGGCACUGCUAGAAGCCGGGAAUCGUAUACACAGGGGCUUGAUCCUUGCCCUUAAGGAACAGUGAUAGGAGAGGCAAUAGGAGAGGAAGUGCAAGUCCACAGGAGCAGCUGCAAUGCAAGGUGGGAAUGUGACAAUGUUAUAGGAAAGUUAGAGUAAAAGUUUGCUGGGGUUUUUUUGUUUUGUUUCUAGGGCUGCACUUGCGGCACAUGGAGGUUCCCAGGUCUGCCACCUACACCACAGCUCACGGCAAUGUCAGAUCCUUAACCCACUGAGCGAGGCCAGGGAUUGAACCCGCAACCUCAUGGUUCCUAGUUGGAUCUAUUUCCGCUGCGACACAGUCGGAACUCCUAGUUUGCUAGAUUUUUAAAGACAUGAUGUCUGACUGGAAAUUUCUACGUGGAAUAGGGGCUGUGGCGUUGGGUCCUGCAGGCUGAAUGGAUAAAUCAGAAAGAAAUCGAGGUCAGCAAUCUGCAGGAAGGGACUGGGGCCCGGGGUGGAUCUUGAGGGGCUGCUAAUGGGAAACCCUGUUUGGAGCCGAGCGUCUCAAUCUUGGCCGCACAGUAGAAUUAAAACUGUUGGACUCUGGUUCGGAUCCUCAGUGUCGGAAAGUGAGACACAUGAACUCGGGGCGAUCUCGACAAGGCUCUUUACUUCUGCGGAAGGACGUGGGUCCUCAGAAAGCACGCAGAGAAGACAAGACCCUCCCUCUUUAUCCCUAAGAUGGCAGGCUUUCUCUGGUGUUUCUAGUAUGAAUUCCACAUCUCGGCCUUUUAUCCAGCUCCAGCAGUCUCAGCUCCAUCAUCUGGAGGACAAAUGAAAUUUGCAUGAGUUGCAAACUCUUGAGCUGAAUGAAAUACGGACUGCAGUGCUAAUAUCCUUUUCUUCUAGUUGUUAUUAACAGAAAGUUAAAUGUCGUCGGAAGACCGAGAAGCUCAGGAGGAUGAGUUGCUGGCCCUGGCGAGUAUUUAUGAUGGAGAUGAAUUCCGAAAAGCAGAGUCUGUCCAAGGUGGAGAAACCAGGAUCUAUUUGGACUUGCCCCAAAAUUUCAAGAUAUUUGUGAGCGGCAACUCAAAUGAGUGUCUCCAGAAUAGUGGCUUUGAACACACCAUUUGCUUUCUGCCUCCACUUGUGCUGAACUUUGAGCUGCCACCAGAUUAUCCAUCCUCCUCCCCACCUUCAUUCACACUUAGUGGCAAAUGGCUGUCACCAACUCAGCUGUCUGCUCUCUGCAAGCACUUAGACAACCUGUGGGAGGAGCACCGCGGCAGCGUGGUCCUGUUUGCCUGGAUGCAGUUUCUCAAGGAAGAGACCUUGGCCUACCUGGAUAUCGUCUCUCCCUUCGAGCUCAGGCUGGGUUCUCAGAAAAAAGUGCAGAGAAGGGCGACUCAGGCCUCUUCCAGCCCCGAGCUAGAUUUCGGAGGAGCUGCUGCCUUUGACCUAGACCAAGAGGAAGCUGUGGACGAGAGAGCCGUGCAGGAUGUGGAGUCCUUGUCCAGUCUGAUCCAGGAGAUCUUGGACUUUGAUCAAGCUCAGCAGAUAAAAUGCUUUAACAGUAAAUUGUUCCUGUGCAAUAUCUGUUUCUGUGAGAAGCUGGGGAGCGAAUGCAUGUACUUCUUGGAGUGCAGGCAUGUGUACUGCAAAGCCUGUCUCAAGGACUACUUUGAGAUCCAGAUCAGAGAUGGCCAAGUUCAGUGCCUCAACUGCCCAGAACCCAAGUGCCCUUCAGUGGCCACUCCUGGUCAGGUCAAAGAGCUAGUGGACGCCGAGUUAUUCGCCCGCUACGACCGCCUUCUCCUCCAGUCCACCCUGGACCUGAUGGCAGACGUGGUGUACUGCCCCCGCCCGUGCUGCCAGCUGCCUGUGAUGCAGGAGCCUGGCUGCACAAUGGGCAUCUGCUCCAGCUGUAAUUUCGCCUUCUGUACACUCUGCAGAUUGACCUACCAUGGGGUCUCUCCGUGUAAGGUGACUGCAGAAAAAUUAAUAGACUUACGAAAUGAGUACCUGCAAGCAGAUGAGACCAAUAAAAGGUUUUUGGAGCAGAGGUAUGGUAAGCGGGUGAUUCAGAAGGCCCUGGAAGAGAUGGAGAGCAAGGAGUGGCUAGAAAAGAACUCCAAGAGCUGCCCGUGCUGCGGGACUCCCAUAGAGAAAUUAGACGGCUGUAACAAGAUGACAUGUACGGGCUGUAUGCAGUACUUCUGCUGGAUUUGCAUGGGUUCCCUCUCUAGAGCAAACCCUUACAAACAUUUCACUGAUCCUGCCUCCCCAUGUUUUAACCGGUUGUUCCAUGCCGUGGAUGUUAACGGAGAGGUUUGGGAAGAUGAGGCCGAAGACUAGCGAACACCUGCUGCUCAAGCGAUGGCAGUGGAAUGGUUUGCCCUAACUUGGCAGGAUUUUUAGGGUACCAUCGAGGUAGAAGAUAGGGAAGAACAAGGUCUAUGUUUUCAUGUGAUACUACUGAUUUAGCACAUUCAGACAUUUCUCAUUGUAACAUAAUUGAGGAACUCUUAAGCCAAAGGUUUGGAAAAUAUUAAAUAUUACAGUGUGCCCGAAGCUUGAGUAGUGAAAAAUUAAAUAUUUAUUUUCUUCCCCACGCUUAGGUCAGGAGAGAGAGGUCAAGAUUUAAGCUCGCCGACCUUUUUAUCUCUGGGAAGCAUCCCUCUAAGACCUUCUUGGGGAGCUCCCUCAGUCCUGCUCCUUACAGCCGGGCGGGCAGAGCCUUGUGAAAAUUGUACCGAGAGCCUGGACUCGCUCCACACUACAUUCCCUCCAGCCCGAAUUUUUGCAAAGUCACUUUUCUUCGGAGGAAGCCCUUUACUCCAGAACUGAUUGGAUGGCCCAGUGUCAUUUCGAUCGACUGCUUUUCAGAAUAGAAAUCUACAGAUAAUUCAGAUUUUUUUUUUUUGAUACCACAGACACUGUGGGUCACUUGGUAUAUUUAUUAAUGCUGUAUAGUCCACCGGUUUUGAGCCACAUCUUGAACGUACCGAUACUGGCUCAGAAGCACUUCCACCCCAUUCAGCCUCGCUGUUUCUUCUGGGCUGUAGAGCCUGGAUUCAGAGCAACUUGUCUUUGCUACCUUGGGUCCUGCCUUCUCUCCAUUGACCUCAGCCUGCCUUUCAUUGGUAAGGACAAUGUUAAUAUUAGCUCCAGCAGCUCAUAUUUUUAUUUCCUCUGCUGGGAAAGGAGAAAGUCUAAUACGUUCCCACCUGAACAAGCUGAACUCUGUAUAUGCUUUUUGAACACGAUAGCACCAUACCUCCAGUGCUGACCUUCUGAAUUCUGUUUAAAGGGCUUCUCUAAUGAGCUGUGGACAUUUGUCUUCCUCUCCUCGUUUUAUUUUGCACCAGCAGUGUUCCAGGGGUCAUUUUGGCUUGAUACCUAGAGCCGUGUUUCCGGGUUUUGUUGGCUUUUUGCAAAAUUCUUCCCUUCGGGUUUGGUGAGUGUCUUGGUAGCAGAGUAAGAUGGGGGAAGAAAGGCCAGGGGAUUCAGUUGCAGCCGUGCAGAAGCUCUUUUCUCCUUCCCUGUCAUUGAAAAGUAGGGAUCAUCUGAAACCAUUUUAUGUGUGUGUUAUCCAAAGACUGCGGACUGUUUCUGGAUUGUCAAUAAGGAUGCUUAAUCUUAAAAAUAAAAAUGAUUUAAAAAUUGUCUUAUAAUUAGA